CUUCUACUAUAAUUACUCAUGCAGAUUCGUGGAGAAGCUGAAGGUUCGGCCUGCGCCAAUUUAUGACUUUUUUUUUCAUAAUUCUAUCUUACCUGCCAUAACUUUCUACAUUUUGAUUUUCAUUUAAGUAAGUACACAUUUUUAUACCUAACUAGCGGACGCCCGCGACUUUGUCCGCGUGGAAUUCAGUUUUCACAAAUCCCACGGGAACUAUGGAUUUUUCCGGGAUGAAAAGUAGCCUAUGUGUUAAUCCAGAGAGAAUUCUUUCCAUUCCAUAUUUAGGCCAAAUCGCUUCAGUAGGCGCAGUGUAAAGGAGGAACAAACACACAUACACACAAACUUUUUUAUCGCCUUUGUAAUAUUAGUGUGACAUAAUAAAUCGGGGUGUCACUGCACGACGACCGCAACAACAACAUCAACACAAACAACACCAACAGGACAAAGACAAUAUACCACUGCCGAAGAGCUUGGAAUAAGAGGGGCAGCGGGCUCCAGUGAGUGCUCCCACUACCAUCAGAAACGGAUUUUAAGAGCCAAAACACGAUUAUUGAAUGCGAACUUUCAGGUCUAAUACGGCGUUAGUGAGGGUUCUAGUCCUGAUUUUAGGCGAGUACCUCGUAACAUCUGAGGACCUAAAGAAUACGCAUGCGAUUCUAUUCUAUGGAGCCGUUGCGGUGUGAACCACGCACGAGUUCGCAAAGGACGAGUCAAACACCAGGUUUGCGGACCAGAUUCGAAAGGGGCCACACGGGCUGGAACUCUUAUAGCACUAGCCCUAGAGUUAUUUGUGAACCAGGCUUUUGCUGGGACUGACACACAUUCAUCCCAGGACUUGGCUUGUGUUACCGAACGCAUUGACUUCUCGAAGCAGAAAGUCUACGCACGGAGCAUUAGGCUUUAUAAAGGGCGUAUAAACCGAUAGAAAGAUCAGAAUAGGAUCAUCCAAAGUCACCAACGGAAAGUGAACUGGGAAUGGUCUAGUGCUUGUGUGACAGAUUGGGAACCUCUGACUUCUAAUACUUUGUCAGAUGGCGUAGCAUGUUGUUGGCCCCCAUAGGUCAUACUGAAGGCGAUUGGAUGAGCACUGAAGGAAAAGUGUGUGAUGGUGGAACAAAAUGUUCCGAUAUAAUCAUCACUACGGAAAAUGUAAGUUGUAAAAUACGUCUGGCCUCAAACUGGAAAUGCCCAGGUCCGGACGGAUCACACAACCUCUGGUUAAAAUAGUUUCCUAGCGCCAAGUUUUCUAUCUUGUCAGAGCAAUUUUAAAGUGCCAUUGACACUGGAUCGCUACCAACAUUUAAAUAUUGCCCAGAGAAACAUUACAGUUUCCCAAUUCGUUUCUCGAGCAAUCAUGAAUAAUAUCUAACUACAACAAGUACUACAAUUAGGAUAAGUUAGCUUAAGUUCCUUAUUGUAUUCUUUCUCAAUAAAAAAAAAAAUAAUAAAAAAAAAAACUACAACAAUAAAUACUGAAUUACAAAAUUACUGUUAAACGAACAAAAUAAAUUAAAAAUAAUGAAUUCAAAUUCAGACAAAUUAAAAAAAUAAGCAAUUAAAAUUUAAACAAUUCAAAUCUCAAAUAAAAAAAAAUUCAAAUAAAUUAAAUUGAACAAUUCAAAUAAGUUAUUAAUAAUAAUUAAACAAUUACAAUUUCAAAAAUAAAAUUAAAUAAUAUAAACAGAAUCUAUUCUAGUAACAAUUUACUUCUAUUUAGAAGGAGUGUGAAAAAUGUCUAAUUCUAAAUUUCUAUUAGUGAAGUCGUUGAGCAGGCGCAGCGCUUGAGCCAGCGGCGCGUGCUGACUAAAAGGCCCUACUCACACAUCUGCCGCAGGGGCAAUCUAGGGUGUAGGAGUGGGGAUGACCCUUAAUUGCAUCCUUAAUUGUGAUGUGUGUAGGCAUGCCGGGGCAAUUUGGGAGGAUGGCCCUGCGGCAGGGCGGCAGGGGCGCGAGACUAUCCUUGAUCCCUAAGCCGUCCCUGUCGUCGGUGCGUGUGUAGCGCGAUUGGGGCAAUUUCUCAGUCAGUUUGUCAGCAGCUGUCACACGGAGUGCACGUACAAACAGCGUAGAAUCAAAAUGUGUACUUUUAUAAUAUUCAUGUGGCAUAACUGACUUCUUUUCUGUAGCCAUUUCUUCACCCAGUAUCUCCUUUUCCUUUUUUUUUGAGGUAGCACCACAGAAAGCGCCAAGGCUACUCCAAUCUUUUGAGUGGUCGAUAAUAUGGGUGCCAUUCUCAAUACGUGUACUCAGCUCGGCUUAUUCUGGAACACUGCACGGCAGGCAAGUGUGUAGAGAUACUCCCGAUAUCGCCACAACCGCCGUGCACCCUAGAUUGCCCCUGCGGCAGUUGUGUGAGUAGGGCCCUUAACUUUAGUUCUGCCGGCACCGCAAAUAACUGGCGACGUCGGCAACUUACAAACUUGUCCGGAACAUGUAAAUCUAUUGACCAAAAUAUGACCGAAUUACUUUUUUCUCCUUUAAUUAAAUUAAUUACGUACUGUAGUAGUGCUACUUUACGUCUUAAAUCAAGCUUGUUGUACCCUGUCAUACCAAGAAUGAAGAUGCUUGGAUAAAUAGUAGGAUAAGCCACUGAGUACCCAUACUGUUUCUUAUAAACGAUUGAACUUUUUUUGAUUUUUUUCUAACAAGUCUCUAUUUGAACUCAAACGGACUCCAUAAUAUGGCAUUCGAUUCAAGUUUGCUAUACGCAUUAUAAAGCGUCUUUACUAUAGCAAUAAAAUGCUGUAAUUUUCGGAGUACAAACCUUAGGGUUUUAUAGGCUUUACCACAAAUAUCCUGUAAUUAUAAAAACUGUAGUUAUAAAAUAAACCGAUGUCACUUUCCUACUACACAAAUCCCGAUCCGGAAGUACCACAGAACCCAAAAACUACAGACCGAUUACAUUCUUACCCAUCAUCUAUAAGCUCCUCACAUCCAUUCUGAUAACAAAAAUAACCAUGCAUUUAUAUGCAAAUAAUAUUUUGGCCCUAACACAGAAUGGAUGUAAGACCCGGUCACGUGGUACAAAGGAACUUCUCUUCAUAGACACUGCUAUUUGCCAACAGUACCGGCGAAACAGAAAAAAAUCUCACAUCUGCUGGGAUUACAAGAAGGCCUACGAUUUAGUACCUCAUUUAUGGCUCAUGGAGGUCAUGACGUUGUACAAGGUCGAUGCAACACUAUGCACUUUUCUUGAGUCCUAUUUGAAACAGUGAAUGACAGUCUCUCGCCACCCAGAUGCUGCUGAUUGUUCUAAAUCGACUGAAAUGAUAGGGAUUAAGCGAGGUAUUUUACAGGGUGAUAAUUUGUGACCUCUAUGGUUUUGCCUAGCUCUUAAUCCGCUAUGCUUUCGAAGUGGUGGUGAGCUUAUAUCACACUUGCUCUACAUGGAUGAACUUAAACUGCUUCAAAGCGUUUAGACUUGUUGCCAUUGCUAAAGAUUAAUCAAACCUUUAGUUUUGACUUAAGGUUGGAAUUAAUUGUAGACAAGUGUGCGGUUAUCAAUGUAGAGCGAGGCAGGAUAGUGAGCUCCGCAUAUAGUUAUUUCAGAAACUGUUAUUCUCAGAUCACUUCGUAAAGGUGAGAUCUAUAUAUACCUUGAAAUUACAGAAGCACUUGGUAAAAUAGGUAGUGAAGGGACGCUUCUUUCGCCGUCUGAAAAAAGUUUUUUAUCAGGUGGUAACAAUUUACGUGCUUUCAACAACUGGGUCAUGCCCUUACUCAUAUACACUUUUGUGAAAAGCAGAGUGUAACACGCGGGGCUAAACCCAUUAUAUACUCGGUUUCUAUUUAGGCGGCCCUCGACUUACGUCUCAGGCCCUAAAAAUACCUCGUUGAAAAUGGGUCUUUUUAGCCCCUUGUAUAACAAUCUACUAUUGUUGAAAAAAUCAGACUGGGAUAUAUUAUGAGAAAUCAGAGAAAUAUUUUAAGUUGUGAUAUACAAUGUCAGAAAAUUCGCAGGAUUAAUGAUUAUACUAUACUAACUUUGUGUUAUUUAUUAAUGUUUCUUGCUAUAAUACUGUUCCUCGUUUCAUAAUAUUAUUGACACGUGAUAUUGACUCUAUAAGCGUAACACAAGUUGAGUUGGGCUACUGAUAGUGACUUUAAAUAAAUUAGUUUAAGUUGUUGCAAAGUGAGAUAUUGACUCCAGCUUUAGUGAAUUGUGUUUUUAUGUCCGAUUCAUUGUCAAUAAUAAAUAGAUACUUCCCCAAUGAUAAUUGUUUUAUUUUAUAUAGAUACCCUAUAUUCAAUGUACUAUAUGUAUAUAGAUAUACUACCAGUAUACUUAUUAUAUGUACUCUUUGCAGUAUACACAAUGCACUCUAUGUAUACAUAUAGGUACCUCGAGAUAAACAUAAAUAGGGCAAAUAUGUUAGUUUGUCCAAUUGGAACUAGAUGGCAGCACCUAUAAAUUUUAACUGUCGCCUCUAUUUCAGUAUUGUAUUGUACUUAAUUUGUGUUCAUAACCUUAGACUAUUAGACAUACACGAUGGUACGUUCAGCCAUGGGGGUGAAACUUCCGCACAGUUCGCUUACGUAAAAUAUUUUGUAUGAAGUGCUGCCCUCCAGCGCUCACGGUACAAAAACUUAAGCGAAGUUUUCUCAGGCACAAUAUAGAUGGCACGCAUGAAGCACAUUAUUUGAUUAAAAUCACUCCUGUUCAAACUAUGAAAAUUUUAAAAAAUAUAGUUUCAAAUAUGACAGUUUAGCUGUCUCUGAAUUUUUUCUGUUGUUGCUAUAGUGACAUGUUGUUUAAAACUUGGUGACAGUGGUGAACGAAAAAUAUUAAAAUAAGAUGUAAUCGGUACAAAUAAGUGAUUAUAAUGGGUAUUACUUGUGGAUUUGGUGUGCAUAGUUAAUAAUUAACCAUGGAACAUGCUCGACCACCAUCGGAAUUAUGCUCAGAAGGCGGCCCGGUGUGUCGCGAAACGGCGUGGCGAAAAUGUCGCCAGCAAUUUUACGUGUUCUUAAAGGUGACUAGUACCUUGGUGUGUAGAUGUUAUCAGUGGUUAUUUAUAAUCAUAAACGUCAAUAUUCAUAGUUGGUGCACUAAUGUUAUCAGGCUGCUGAAGUGCAUUAAGAUAUUUUCAUAAUCACAAAAGAAAAAAUAAAUCGUUGAAUAAUAAGAAUCUUCUUUUCUUUCUUUGAUUAAAAAUCCUUUAAUAUUUGAAGGAAUAUUGCAGUUUGUUUUCCUUAUUUCUAUAUAUUUAUAAAAUUUGGCAAUUUUUAAUAUUUGGGUACAUUAGUAUUAUAUAGUGAAAUAAGUGAUUUUGUAAAUAUUAUGUUUAUGUUAAAUUUUUUUCAUUAAUAAUAUAUAAAAAUUAAGGAAAACAAACAGCAAUAGUCAUACAACUAAAAUAUAGAUUGUACUCGUAGAGAGAACGCCAUCUAUGGGUAGCCAAUAAAUCUAAUUAGAAUGCGCCAUCUAGUGAUCACGGUAUAUAACUUUUUUAACUGAAAUGAGAGUUGCGUAUCUAUCUCAAUAUAUAAUGUAUCAUCUAUGCGUUCAGCCGUCAUUAUUGUAGCGAGGACUGUGAUGUGUCCAAAAAUUGUAACAACAACCCGCAGCCACCGCACUUCCCAAUCGCGUAAUGUUGCAAGUUCAUUGCGCUGUUUCUUUCAAACUUUCCCAAUUUUUUGGUAAAAUUUUAUAACGUCAGAGGCAAAAUAAUAAGUGUACAGUUUAUCAUCAACACGUCAAUUUACAUGGUAAAUAAAAAUAAUGAAAUGAAAAUAAAAAUCAGUAUCAAGUUUAAAAUUAUUUAUAUGACAUAAGUUAUAACUACACUAGAAAAUAUUUCCUACUGCUAGGAGUCAGCAAGAAAAUUAGCACUUGCUUGGAAAAUUAAAGUAAUUAUUAUUUAUCUACACCAUAAUCUCAAAGUUAAAUGACAACCCAACCCAACAAAUGAUUUCAUUUAUUAUUGGGCAGAUUUCGUUAAAAAUAGAUAUUUUAGCAUCGCUUGCAUUUUAAAAUAAAAUCUGUAGUAAAACUUUAAUAAUUGAGUAAUUUUAAUUGUUAAUUACUGGACAGAUUUAAAAUAAUUAUAUAAUAAUAAUAAUAAUAAUUCUUUAUUUCAGGUUAUACACCCAUUUAAAAUACACAGAUAAUAUAGAAAUAAUAAUUAUAUCAAAUAAAAUAGCAAUGCAUUGCUUUACUGGGACCGAACAAUUAUCAUUGACGGGUAUAUUGUUGCCAAUAGACCCGUUAAAGUGCUAGUCGAUAGGUCAUUAAUAGUUGAUAUUUCUGUUUCACAUGACGAUAUCCUGGUUAAAGCUGAAAAGGAAAAUAAUUGGACAUCACGAGAUUCCAGCCACACAAACAAACAAGAACGAACGAACUUACACGAACUUAACGAAGAACACGCUGGUAUUUGUAAAAUUUCAAAGCUUUGAGAUUCUUUACACUUUCUUUAUUAUUGUACCUGCACAGAUUACCACCAUUUUGGUUUAACUUUAUUGCCGGAACCUAUCUAUUUUGUGUUGUUUAAUAUUAUACUUAAAUAAUAAAUCCUUGAAUAGAAAUUAAGAGCAGGGAAAAUUAAAACCAUUACAUUGGCAAAACUUAGAAAAUACUUAACACAUAAGAUUUGUGCACCUUCAAGACAAGAGUGAAUAGGCAUUUUCUAGGCAAGCGCGCUCCAACCUAGACCUUAUCAUUGCUUUCCACCAGGCAUGAUUGUAGUCAAGCGCAAGUCUAUUAUGAAUAAAAAAAAAGACUAUUAAUUAAGUAAAAAUUAUUCAAUGUUAUAUUAGAAUAUUUGAAUGUGCUACUUAUCUAUUCAAUUAUGUCAUUGAUUGAUGAAGUCAAUCAAUCUCAUAAUAAUAUGUCAAAAUCCGUCAAGCAGUUUGGGCUGGGCGUCAUAUUAAGUUUAUGGGCGUGCCAAAGAAAUUGACGUACAUACACACACAUACAUAUAUGCUCGAAAAACAUUACCCUCCUUCUGAUGCAGUCGUGUAAAAUAAAGACUGUUCCCCGCCAUGAUAAGGACAUAUUAACAAAUUCCAUAUUUUUCAGACCUAUUUUUAAUUCAAUGAAAAAGAGUUCUAUGCCAAAUGUUGUAAUUUUAUUGUAAAUGAAAGGCCAUAAAAGACUGGUAUCCAGAGCCGUAAAAUCAAUUAAAAAAAAAAAAAAGGUUAAACCUGUCAUUGGCUCAUUUUGAGAAAGUUGCAGAACCGUCCACGUCCACGUCCAGGGUUUCGAAUUUGAAAAGUAACGUUACAAGGAAUUAUAUUCGUAAAAACACAAAAGUGUAAUAAAAGCGACAAUGAACACUGCCAGCGAAGAAGUUAAAUCUCAAGACUUGUCUCAGUCUGAAGGCAGCUUGAAGAGUGCAGACAGGGCCGGACCGUCGUCUCAGUCUGAAGGCAGCUUGAAGAGUGCAGACAGGGCCGGACCGUCCAUACGGCGAACGGAGCGGUCGCUCCAGGCGCCAAAUCCGGGGCGCCGAAAUGACUUGUCUCAGUCUGAAGGCAGCUUGAAGAGUGCAGACAGGGCCGGACCGUCGUCUCAGUCUGAAGGCAGCUUGAAGAGUGCAGACAGGGCCGGACCGUCCAUACGGCGAACGGAGCGGUCGCUCCAGGCGCCAAAUCCGGGGCGCCGAAAUGAUACUAUACCAAACAAAGAAAAAGAGAAGGUUGCAGAACCGUCCAGCGCUUCGGAUACUAACUUUAAAAGGCAGCCAAGUUUGAAACGCAAAUCUGCACACUUUGCCGAUCCUCCGUCCAGUGAUCCGGAUUCUAACUUUAAAAGGCAGCCAAGUUUGAAACGCAAAUCUGCACACUUUGCCGAUCCUCCGUCCAGUGAUCCGGAUUCUAACUUUAAAAGGCAGCCAAGUUUAAACCGCAAAUCUGCAAACUUUGCCGAUCCUCCGUCCAGUGACCCGGAUUCUAACUUUAAAAGGCAGCCAAGUUUGAAACGCAAAUCUGCAAACUUUGCCGAUCCUCCGUCCAGUGAUCCGGAUUCUAACUUAAAAAGGCAGCCAAGUUUGAAACGCAAAUCUGCACACUUUGCCGAUCCUCCGUCCAGUGAUCCGGAUUCUAACUUUAAACGGCAGCCAAGUUUGAAACGCAAAUCUGCAAACUUUGCCGAUCCUCCGUCCAGUGAUCCGGAUUCUAACUUAAAAAGGCAGCCAAGUUUGAAACGCAAAUCUGCACACUUUGCCGAUCCUCCGUCCAGUGAUCCGGAUUCUAACUUUAAAAGGCAGCCAAGUUUGAAACGCAAAUCUGCACACUUUGCCGAUCCUCCGUCCAGUGAUCCAGAUUCUAACUUAAAAAGGCAGCCAAGUUUGAAACGCAAAUCUGCGCACUCUGGUGUUCCUGUUCCUGAAAAGGUGAAGCAGAUGUUGCAAAGAACAUCUAUGUGAGUAAGCUCGAGCUUCACUUAGAUGUUCUUUGCAAUGUUGUUGUAGUUGUCGACAACAUUGUUAAACAAUUUUAUUGGGGACUAGCGGACGCCCGCGACUUCGUCCGCGUGUAAGUCGUUGUAAACUUUUAUCCUACCCCUGCCCUACCCCUACCCUACCCUACACUACCCCUACCCUACCCCUACCCUACCCUACCCUACCCCUAAUAUUGACCUCAUUUACCUGAAUGUCUCAUAAACCUAAUGUCUCAUACCUAAUUAUAAAAAAAUAAAAAAGCAUUUACUGGAUGUUUGCAAAAUAAAUAAUAUUUUAAAAUUUACUAAAUUUUAUCGUAAUUAAAUGAAAAUUCAUACAUUUUUAGCUUUCUUACAUUAAACGUGACAUUUUUCAAUAUAAAUGCACAAAUAACAAAUAUAUUUUGUUUUUGUAAUUCUCUUUGAACGCCCCUGCAAUUGUAACGAUCAGCGAAUCAAUGACGUCAUUAUUGCAUGCCAUUUUGUAUGGGGCAGGGGUCUAUGGCAGUGUCGCAUAACUGACACUUUAAAUCCCUGUAGCUCCGAUAGUUAUGAUCGCAGAUAUCCUGUUACUUUUAGAAAAUUGCUUUACUAUUAAUACAAUUUAAAAAACUGUCAUCAUCUCUAUUGAAUAGUAAUCAAUAUUUAUACAAACACAAGAGAUUUUUAGAGGGCUUGCUAAAUUUAGUAUUAAAGCGAUAAGAAUUUUUAAUAGUGACAAAUUUUCUUAGUUUAUUAAUAAAAAUAAUAAAAUAUAUAAUGAAAUAAUUGAAAAUUUUAUCUUUUAUCUUCCAAUAAAUAUUUGCAUGUA